CUCUUCCCGCCUGGAGACUGUGUGGGGGUAUGGCGGGGUGGUGGGGAGAAUCUGGUGUCUUGCUCCACCCUCCUGGCGAGGGGAGGGCCUGACCUGGACCGCGGAGGAAUCGAGUGACUGCCCCUAAAAUCUCCUAGAACCGAUUCCCGCGGCCCCGCGGCCCCGCGGCCCCGCGGCCCCGCGGCCCCGCGGCCCCGCGGCCCCGCCCCGCCGCCCCACCCGCGGCCCGUCGUCUUCUGCCGCGGAGCCGCGUCCGCCCUUCAUGUUUCUCCGAGCAGGCCUGGCCGCGCUCUCCCCGCUUCUUCGCAGUCUUCGGCCCUCUCCUGUCGCCGCCAUGAGCACUGGCACCUUCGUCGUGUCGCAGCCGCUCAAUUACCGUGGCGGGGCCCGCGUGGAGCCGGCGGACGCCUCCGGCACCGAGAAAGCUUUCGAGCCUGCAACCGGCCGAGUGAUAGCUACUUUCACAUGUUCAGGAGAAAAGGAAGUAAAUUUGGCUGUUCAAAAUGCAAAGGCUGCUUUUAAAAUAUGGAGUCAAAAAUCUGGCAUGGAGCGUUGCCGAAUCCUUUUGGAGGCUGCCAGGAUAAUAAGGGAACGGAAGGAUGAAAUUGCUACUAUGGAGUGCAUCAACAACGGCAAGUCCAUCUUUGAGGCCCGCUUGGACAUCGACAUUUCCUGGCAGUGCCUGGAGUAUUAUGCGGGCUUGGCUGCAUCCAUGGCUGGUGAACACAUCCAGCUCCCAGGUGGAUCCUUUGGUUAUACCAGAAGAGAACCACUUGGGGUAUGUGUGGGAAUAGGAGCAUGGAACUACCCCUUUCAGAUCGCCUCUUGGAAGUCGGCUCCAGCGUUAGCCUGUGGUAAUGCCAUGGUCUUUAAACCUUCUCCCUUUACACCUGUUUCUGCACUGCUGCUGGCUGAAAUCUACACUGAGGCUGGUGUACCUCCUGGGCUCUUCAAUGUGGUGCAGGGAGGGGCUGCCACAGGCCAGUUUCUGUGUCAGCAUCCUGAUGUGGCCAAAGUCUCCUUCACUGGAAGUGUGCCGACUGGCAUGAAGAUCAUGGAGAUGUCAGCUAAAGGAAUCAAACCUGUUACCUUGGAACUUGGAGGCAAAUCUCCACUCAUCAUCUUCUCAGACUGUGAUAUGAACAAUGCUGUGAAGGGGGCGCUGAUGGCCAACUUCCUCACACAAGGCCAGGUUUGCUGUAAUGGCACAAGAGUAUUUGUGCAGAAAGAAAUUCUUGAUAAAUUUACAGAGGAAGUGGUGAAACAGACCCAAAGGAUUAAAAUUGGAGAUCCCCUUCUGGAAGAUACAAGGAUGGGUCCACUCAUCAACCGACCACACCUGGAGCGAGUCCUUGGGUUUGUUAAAGUGGCAAAGGAGCAGGGUGCUAAAGUGUUAUGUGGUGGAGAUAUGUAUGUACCUGAAGAUCCCAAAUUAAAGGACGGAUAUUACAUGAGACCUUGUAUAUUAACUAAUUGCAGAGAUGACAUGACCUGUGUGAAAGAAGAGAUCUUUGGGCCUGUUAUGUCCAUUUUAUCGUUUGACACUGAAGCUGAGGUUCUAGAAAGAGCCAAUGAUACCACUUUUGGACUAGCAGCUGGCGUCUUUACCAGGGACAUCCAGCGGGCUCAUAGAGUGGUAGCUGAGCUUCAGGCUGGGACGUGCUUCAUUAACAACUAUAACAUCAGCCCAGUGGAAUUGCCCUUUGGUGGAUAUAAGAAGUCAGGAUUUGGCAGAGAGAACGGCCGUGUGACAAUCGAAUAUUAUUCACAGCUGAAGACUGUGUGUGUGGAGAUGGGUGAUGUGGAAUCUGCUUUUUGAAAACCUGCAGUGAAACCUGUUGACAUGGCCAGGCUGUGGAAUGAUGCGAAUCGGCCCUGUUUACAGAGGCAGUACAACUGAAUGUUAUUUUAAAUCCAGAAUUUUGGCAUUCAGGAUAUGAGAAUGGUUCAUGUUACUCUUUUUCUGUCCAUCAGCUUCGUCACUGAAAAUGUGCAUUAAGUUCCUUCUAGAUACUAAUCAAGAAAGUUGUGAUUCUCCUCAAAAUAUAUUUUUGUGAAAUCUUUUAAGAGCCAGUAACAUACUUCUAGAGGACAGGAAAAGAGACUAGGAUAAUACAUCUUCCACACAUUUGGCCCACUGAUAAUGUUAAUUCUCUGGCGUAUUUCAGAGAACUUGUUCCUGGCUGAUCCAAGUGCAGUGGUAUUUACAACUAAUUGAUCACAACCAGUUUGUAGAUUUCUUUGUUUCUUCUCCAUUCCCACUGCUUCACUUGCCUAGUCUUGAAGAAAAAAAACAAAACAAAACACCUUGUUCGUUUAUAGGUUUCUGGUAGAAUCAGUAGAGAUGAUUUCAGCUCAUUGACAUUUUUUUAGCUAUAUCCCCUUGUCAUUCCAUUGAGAAAGCUGACAACCGGGAUAGGGAGGGGAUUAGAUAAUAGAUGGGGUCAAAUUCUGUGUGAAUGUUAACUUGCCUAGUAAGCACUUUGUCUCUGUUCACUACUGCGAUAGAGGAAAUCUAUCUCCCUGUCUUGGGUCCUUGAACUACAGCCUGCUGUUUUACACCAGUGGAGCUACCCUUUAAAUGUACAAAUUAUUUGUAUGCUAAUAUAGUAUGGUGAAAUUAAAAUAAAUCACACUGUUAA